UCAUACCAAACAUGUAAACAAAGUCACACCUGAUUAUAUUUCAAUAGGGCCUAGAAAUUAAAAAAAAUUCUUGUUUAUGCGCCGAUUUCUUCAUACGUAUUCCAGUGUUAUGACAAAGAAUAAAAGUAAAAAAUCAUCAACUACUCCAAUCGUUGCAGAGUCAAAAUCAAAUGAGAGCCCCGUGCAGGUAGAUAAAAGUGGUAACAUAUGUAUUCGUAUCCUGGCCAAACCCGGUGCUAAGAUGAAUGGAAUCACGGGCAUUGGAAAUGAAGGAGUGGGAGUGCAGAUAGCAGCACCACCAACGGAGGGAGAAGCCAACGCCGAGCUGGUAAAAUACCUAUCCAAAGUGUUAGGCUUACGAAAAAGCGAUGUAACAUUGGACAAAGGGUCGCGGUCACGAAAUAAAUUAGUUAUGGUUAGUAAAGGUGUGACCACUCCAGAGAACAUAAGUGCAGCAUUACAGAAAGAGUGCGAUACGUAGAAAGAGGCUUGCCUUAAAAUUUUGCAUUUAAGUAAUAAUUUUACGUAAAUGAGUUUUUCGACUCAUGAACCUACCAAAACAAAUAAAUACUCGGACAUUUAAAAACAA